AUGUCCUCCGAGUCUGACACCUCCAAGGGUGGGAGAUAUGACUUCGAGGUCGCGACUCUCAGAGCUACGGCCUGGCAACUGAUGCCUCCUACAGACUUCAUCUUGGACCCGGCCAUUCCCAGAAUUCAGAGGAAUGCCUCUUUUCACCAUCCUGGCUGCCUGUUCCAAUGUGUGCACAUGUUCGACAAGGUCCGUGAGUGCUUCGCUUUGGUCAAGAAGUUCGAGGAAGACACCGGUCAUGCAUUCUCUUGGAUUGUGCGGAGUCGACCGGAUCUGAAGUGGCACGCCGACAAAACGGAGCUGCCUGCCUUGCACCAGCUUCCCCUUUCGGCCGUGUAUUUUGCUGAGCUUGUGAAGGCACCAGGAGGCAUUUUCCGAGACCCGGUGCAAAUCGUGCCUCGGAGGUUUGCUGAGGAUAUCUUUGACCGAAUCCUGGACCGAUGUCUCUUGAGGCAGAACUUGCGCGAUGAUGACGUUUGGAAUUGUGACACCUGGAUGGUCCAGCUCUGUGAGGAAAGGAAUAUUGCCAUCCGAUAUCUGCGACUCUACGCAGUGAUCGAAAGAUUGCCAAGUAUCGAGGAUAGCUUUCAUACCUAUCACGACCAAUGGAGCCAGCAUGUGAAGAAUGCAGAGCUCCUGUUUCCCAACUCUACAUUUGUCAUAGGAAACGAAGAUCAGAAGCAUGCCUCUCAGUGGUCGAACAUCACCGCAGGUCUUCCUGGAAGAGCAUUCGCAGAUGUGGGUUGCAACCUGGUGGCUGACUCUCAGUACUGUACGCCUACGAAUGCAUACCUCAUCCACUUGCGCUUGGCUCUUUACGUCCCGGCCGCCAAUAGGCAGCAGCAGAUCAAGUUUGUGCUCUUCCGAACAUAUGGCCGCGAUAUUCGGUUUCAAGGGCGGCAUUCAAGGUUUAACGCAAACGCGACCGCGUUUUGGCCGCUGUUUACGCUGCCCUACAAUCUGAUCGAGCUAGCAAAGGGGGUUCCGUCAGAGAAUGCCGGAAUUUCUUACAACCUCUUUCGCCCGGUCUUGAUGCGAAGAGGCGACUGCAUCUUUUGGACAGCCUGCGGUGAAGAUGAGACUGAGGCCUUGCCGUCCGAACCCUUGGACUACCCACAGCGGCGUGUAGCUUCACGCUGCUUGAUGCGUCGAAGAGUGGAACGGAUAUAUACUCGUAGUAGCGAGCCCAUGGGCUCCUUCCAGCCGAUCAUUUCCAGGUAUCACAGCGCAGCUUUUACGCUCUUCAAGCAAGUGCCGCCUUUGUGA